UUUUUUUUUUUUUUUCGGCGCAACGGGAGCAGCAGCAGCAGCAAGCAAACAGCUGGAAUUAUCGGGCAUUGGCAGAGGGAAGGCAGGACGAGUGAGAGUGGUGGGCGUUGGAUAUUGCGGUCAGGUUUGAACAGUAGCAUGGCAGAGGGGACGGGCCCACGCGUGGUGGUGCCGGGUGAUCGGUUUCCCUUGCCGGACUCGGGCAAGGUGGUGCUGGGUCCCGGUUUGACAACCCAACAGAGCUCGCACGGCAGCGAGGGCGUCGUCACACAUGGCGGCAUUCUUCGGCAAAAGGGUGAGGCCACCUUUUGGGUAGACAUUGCCACACACAACCCUCAGACAGCCGAGGGUGACCAAGUUCUUGGCAUCAUCAUUGGCAAUGCCGGCGAAGGUUUUCUAGUGGACAUCGGAGGUGCCAGCAAUGCCUUGUUGCCGGGCCUAGCAUUCGAGGGCGCGACGCGCCGCAAUCGCCCCCGACUUAAUCCGGGGGACCUAGUGCUGGCGCGGUUGAAGGUGGCGAAUCGUGAUAUGGACCCCGAGCUGACCUGUGUGACAUCAGGUGGUAAAAGUGCCGGCAUGGGCCAUUUGGAAGGCGGCCUGCUUCGCGAAAUCUCGCUUGGUCUCUGCCGCAGGUUACGAGGCAAGAACUGCCGGGUACUGACGGAGCUCGGCUCACGCAAGAAGUUUGAGUUGUGUGUGGGCAUGAACGGGCGCAUGUGGUUAAAGACAGAAGCCCCCAUGGACGCCGUGCUGUUGGCCAAUGCCAUUGAGGCCUCCGAACUCAUGUCUGACAAGCAGGUCACCAAGCUUGUGAACCGCAUUAGCUCUGGCUGGUCCUAAUCGGCAUAACAUUGAGUCCUCCCAAUGUGUGAGUAGCCAUCCCAGCAAGGCCUGGUUUUGGUGAUGGUGGAUGCAAGACUGGCGUUGAAGGUGGUUGAUAAUGAUGAUGAAAGAUGGCGGUGGUGGCGACGGCGGUGGAUUCUGCUUUUGAAUGUUGAAUGUUUGGAGGCACAUUGUGCAAGUGUCACGAUCGUACCGCUUGUCUCGCUUGGGCCCGCCGAGCAGGCGCGCUGAAAAAAAUAGAAAAGAUCUGAGG